GGCCUGAUCAGCCACUAUAUAAGUCUCAGUCUUGUUAGGUCUGUUUAGUUCAGCUUAUUUUAAGGUUAUGUUACCUGAGUUAAGUUCUGUUUAGUUGACCUCUUUUAUGGCGCAAGAAUUUUUCUUUCUGACUCCUCAUGCCUGACAGCUUGGUCCCUCACAAAUGGCAUAAAUCUCUGUCAACUGUUUGUGUCUCUGACAUUAAAAUGUUUUCUUGAACAGAAAAAGCUUGUGUUUCCUGACGGCUUCAGUCAUUUAGAGAUUGAUAAAGAAGUUUAGUUCUUGUGCAGAUAAUCAACAGGACUGAAGGUUCAGCUUUCUGUCUGUCAGUCUGAGACAGAAACUGGACCAACAGCUCUGACAAACAUGAGGAAGCUGAAGCUCCUCCUCUUUCCUCAGAAGAGAUCUGUGGUGAUCUGGACUCAUUCCAGAGAGCUGCUUUAACAAAGUCUGAACCUGAACUCUGAGCUGACAAACUCACAGUUUCACUUCACAACAGCUGAUCACAAUCACUUCAUCCACUCUGAGGAUUAAAGUGAAAAACCAUCAUCAGUGGACGGAGAGACAGAGUCUGGCCCAGCUGCCUUCUGUCUCCUGAACAGUCUGUGAACGUCCCCCUCCAGGAUGGACAGAGGUGUCCAGGUGGUGGGUGAGGAGGAGGGGCCUAACAGCAGCAUGCUAGCUGCUAGCAGGUGUGUUAGCAGUUAGCUCAGCAGCCACACCUGUCUGUCACAAUAAUGUUUGUGUGAAAGCUGCUCAGCCAGUUUCUUCACAUUCCAACAGCUGCUUCAGUGGAAACAGUUUAAAGUGAAACUCCAGUUUUCUCCUCACAGAGUCAGCAGAUUAUCAGGAGGAGGAAAGGGACAGCUGGCUGUGAACUGAUGUCCUCACUGUGUUUCUGAAGACUUCCUUUAGUGAGAAGCAGAUUAACUUUGUGCUUGUUGUAGUUUCUACAGGAAGAUGAAGAUGUUUGUGGUGUUUGUGAUCCUCGUGCACGUUUCCCACCAUGCCUUAGCUGUGGAGCUGUUUGAGGGGGAGGAGUUUGUCCUGCUGCCCUGUGGGUAUCAGACUUUUGACAUGGACAACCCCACAGUGGUGUGGAGCCGCUACGAUCUCAAUCCUCCAACCGUCCACCAGCGUCAGCAGGAAGGUGAUGAACUUAAAGACCAAAACCAGCUUUACAGCGGCCGAACAUCCAUGAUGACUGACGCUCUGGAAACUGGAGACCUCAGCCUCACUCUGACGAAACUCCAGCUCUCUGACAACGGCAGUUACACCUGCACCGUCAGAGAGUUAGGAGGACAAAAGAGACAACGGAGAGUGAGAAACAUACAGUUGAAGGUCAAAGUUUCCCAGCAUGCCUUAUCUGUGGAGCUGUAUGAGGGGGAGGAGUUUGUCCUGCUGCCCUGUGAGUAUCACACCUUUGACCUGAAAGACCCCACAGUGGUGUGGAUCCGCUACGAUCUCAAUCCUCCAACCGUCCACCAGCGUCAGCAGGAAGGUGAUGAACUUAAAGACCAAAACCAGCUUUACAGCGGCCGAACAUCCAUGAUGACUGACGCUCUGGAAACUGGAGACCUCAGCCUCAACCUGACAAAACUCCAGCUCUCUGACAGCGGCAGCUACACCUGCACCGUCAGAUGGUUAGGACGACAACGGAGAGUGAGAGAGAUACAGCUGCAGGUCAAAGAACGAUUUCCAUCCUGGGCCAAAGUUCUCCUGGUUCUCCUGGUUCUCCUGGUUGUUGGUCUUGUUGCUGGGGGUCUUCUGGUACAUUUCCGGCACUAUUUCAUGUCAGUCUACAAGGUGGAGGUGGAUUCAGAGGUGGAGUCUGUCCUGCUGCCCUGCAAAACCACAGCUCACCUGCCUGAAGGCGUCACAGUGGAGUGGAGGGACAGAUACAACCUGAAGGUCCACGUAUAUGAGAACGGCUCUGACCAGCCUGAAGAACAGCACAGUUUUUACAGAGACCGAACAGAGAUGAAGAGAAACCUGCAGAGACCUGGAGACCUCAGUCUGACCCUGAAAUACCCCACAGACAAAGACAGAGACACCUACACCUGCACCGUCUACAGCAGGGAGGGAGACAUCCUGAUGAAGAAACAAGUGAAGCUCAAGGUCAAAGUCUGUCAGGUGGAGGUGGAUUCAGGGGUGGAGUCUGUCCUGCUGCCCUGCAAGACCACAGCUCACCUGCCUGAAGGCGUCACAGUGGAGUGGAGGGACAGAUACAACCUGAAGGUCCACGUAUAUGAGAACGGCUCUGACCAGCCUGAAGAACAGCACAGUUUUUACAGAGACCGAACAGAGAUGAAGAGAAACCUGCAGAGACCUGGAGACCUCAUUCUGACCCUGAAAUACCCCACAGAUGAAGACAGAGACACCUACACCUGCACAGUCUACAGCAGGGAGAGAGACAUCCUGAUGGAGAAACAAGUGGAGCUCAAGGUCAAAGUCUGUCAGGUGGAGGUGGAGGAGGGGGCGGAGUCUGUCCUGCUGCCCUUCAAGACCACAGACAACCUGCCUGAGGAUGUCUGAGUGAGGUGGAUCCACUAUGAUCCCUAUGAGACGGUCCAUGUGAAUGAGAACGGUUCUGACCAGCCUGACAAACAGGACCAGGUUUACAGAGACCGAACAGAGAUGAAGGAAGACCUGCUGAGAACUGGAGACCUCAGUCUGACCCUGAAAUCCCCCACAGACAGAGACGGAGGAACAUACAGGUGCAAAGUCUACGACAUGAACGGAACAUCCUGAGAGUGAAAUCAGUUGUUCUCAGGGUCAAAGAGAGAAGCAGGAACAGAAGCAGCUCCACUGAUCCAACUCCUCUGAUGGCCGAUCAAUCUGUUUGAUCUUUGAUCAUUGAUCCGAUCUGACUCUGGAUCAGAGAGAAAAUGGAGGUGAAGCAGCUGAUGGAGGACGGAUGAAGACAGGAGGACGCUUUGUCAGCUUCUUCUUCACUCUGACUCCUCCUACUGACUCUCACACACAGUCUACACACUCACUAUUGAUUCCUGCUGAUCAGUGAUGUCAGAGUGAGGUCAGCGUGAUGUCACAUGGCUUGAACGGGCGUGUUUCCUGUGAACCUCCCAGCGGCUGGAUAACAGCUGCGGCUCUCUGGAUAUUUGUGGCUCGUUCUAAUGCGUGCAGUCAAACAAACUUUAUUUCUACAGACACAGAGAAGUCAGCAGCUGCAGGAAAUCAGAACCACUGACAGGAAGUUAAGAGUCAAGUUAAACCACAUGUCAGAACUUUCUACAGCAGCAGGAUUUAGAAGAUGCUGGAAGCUGCUGUCUUUAGAUUUUGGACCCGUCACAAUUUGUCACAUUUUCUGAAGCCACAACAAAUCUUGUUGAAAGGAAACAGUUGAUUGAAGGUCCAGUUUCAAACGAAGAGUCAAAGCUUCUCUUUGUGUCGACUCCUUUAAUGAGAACAUUGAAAAGGACUCGAGUCCAAGUCUCAAGUGUCCAGCUCAGAUUAUUCCAGCACCAACCCUGGCAGGAUGCAAGUUAAACAGAAAGCAACACAUUUAGUGACAGAACAGAAAGCAGCCAGCUGUUAAAAUGGACUCAGAGAAUGAAGACACAAUAAGAUUUGAUUCAGUCAGACUUUCACAAGAACAAAGGUUUGUUCAGCCUGAACACAAAUGUGGUCUGUAGUGUUUUUGUAGUCCCUGUUUAUUCAGCGCCUCUUCCUCCUCACUACACACUGGAUCAAAGCACAGCAGUUAAACCCAGAGGCCUCCAGUGGACCUGGUUCAGGCCUCUGAAACAUCUGGACUCUGUGAUCUUUGUCUUCCAGCGUUGACAUUUGGAGCAGGUAUAAACAGACGUCACGUGAUCUAGUUUGUUUGAAGCGUACCGAGUCCUUCAGACGUUGAUCUCAGAACUCAGCAGAAACUCCACUUCUUUAGUCUCUUUCCUCCAGGUUCUGGUUUUUCUCGUCUCUCUGUUCAUUCCUCAAAGAUAAAGCUGGAUUUUUCAUUGAAGCUGAAACAUUUCAGUAAAUAUGCCAGAUUUAGCCAGAAGGCUGUUUUUCAUCUGUAGUCAGUACAAGUCAACACAAAACAGACAACAUAGUAAAACCAACCCAGGGACCAGUAGACUCCAGCACAAUAUACUAGCAGUCAUUAUGUUCCAGUACACAGGUCAUGAACUGUUACCAGAGGAAAUCAGAAGCUUACAGUAAUCUGUUGGACUCAAAGAUGUUAUGUUAUUAAAGUGCUGUUUAUGCACUCAGAUCUAAUUCAAUAAUCUGGUUUCCUGCAGUGGUUUGAAGCCAAAAUAAACAUUUUGCUGUGAUUUCAUUUCAAUAAACUGAUCAAAAUGAU